ACCUGCUCGCGCUGCAUGAUCGCAUCCCGCGUUUGUUUGCGUGUGAAUAUGAACUGUCUUUUUUUCUCCUGUGAUCAGAAACCGUGAGGACUAAUGGGGAUUGUUUCACUCUACCUUGUCCUUCACUUCUGGCUUGCCACUGUCGGAGGGAUGUGUUCUCAAUUUAACGCUCUCUCCUGUGACGAGUGUCUGCAGCUGGGGCCACAGUGCGCCUGGUGCACACUACAGAAUUUCACCGACUUUUUCUCAAUCGACGAGAGAUGCGACACACCAGAGGCUCUUCUUCAGAAGGGCUGCUCCGGCGAAUUUGUGGAGUUCCCCGUCACGAAUGUCAAAGUGCUGAAGGAUCAAGGCUUAGGAAAGAGUGCCAGCCACACUAAUGUUUCAUACAUCGCACCGCAGAAGAUGCACCUCCAGCUUAGGCCAGGAAGUCAGCUGACCUUUCAAAUUCAAGUGCAGGAACCGGAGGACCAUCCGGUGGACAUUUAUUACCUGAUGGACCUGUCAGCGUCUAUGAUUGAUGAUCUGAAAAUGAUCAAAGACUUGGGUUCGACGCUCUCCAAAGAGAUGGCUAAGCUUACCAGCAAAUUCAGACUAGGAUUCGGUUCCUUUGUGGAGAAACCAGUUCUGCCUUUCAUCAAGAUAACACGCGAAGAGUUGGCCAAUCCCUGCAGGAGUGUUGAUUAUGAAUGUCUCCCCACAUUUGGAUACAGACAUCUUCUGUCAUUAACAAGCAGUACUGACAAGUUUAAUGAGAUCAUCUCAAAGCAGCAGGUAUCGGCGAACAUGGACGUGCCAGAGGGCGGUUUUGACGCCAUCAUGCAGGCUGCGGUGUGCGGAGACAAGAUUGGCUGGCAGAACAAUUCCAUGAAGCUGCUGGUGUUCGUGAGCGAUGCAGAUUCUCAUUUUGGGAUGGACAGCAAAAUGUCCGGCAUCGUUGUCCCCAAUGACGGAGAGUGUUACCUGGAUGACAACAAUGAGUAUUCCAUGACUGCCCAUCUGGAGUACCCAACAUUAGGGCAGCUUGUCGACAAACUGGUUGAAAACAAUAUCCUCCUCAUAUUCGCUGUGACCGACAAUCAGAGACAGAACUAUGAGAAUUAUGCAAGUCUGAUUCCUGGUGCUACUGUGGGGGUGUUGGCAUCCGAUUCAAGGAACAUUCUGGAACUCAUCAUGACCUCAUAUAAGGUACAAGAAUGCAUAUUAGUCUUCACAAGACUCACUGUAACAAGGGUAUCUUUUAAUGUUACGGUCGAGUUAAAAGGCUGUCUUGCUGGUCCACGGCACUUUUCCUUGCGGCCGGUGGGUUUCCAAGAUGCCCUGGAGAUCGAACUGGAGUCUCAGUGUGCGUGUGACUGUCAUCAAACCCCUGAAGCGAACAGUGCCUACUGCAGCCGAGGGCGUGGGGCGCUGGAGUGCGGCGCCUGUGUGUGUGAUCCAGGCUUUGUGGGGACGAAGUGUGAAUGCACAGAGGGCCAAGAACAAAUCAGUGACUGCAGGGCACAUGAAGGUGCGGAGAUAUGCAGCGGCCUGGGCGAGUGUUUCUGCGGACAGUGUGUGUGCCACCCGUCCAGUUUCGGUCGCGUGUAUGGGCUGUACUGCGAGUGCGACAACUUUUCCUGCCUCAGGUUCAGAGGAGAGCUUUGUGGAGGUCAUGGGGAAUGUGACUGUGGCGAGUGUGUGUGUCACAGCGGUUGGAUGGGAGAGUUCUGUAAUUGCAGCACCAGCAACAACUCAUGUGUGUCUCCGGAUGGUUCCAUCUGCAGCGGACGGGGCAAGUGUGUGUGUGGGAAGUGCGAGUGCACCGUUCCCGGAGCCUCAGGAGAGUGGUGCCAAAGGUGCCCAACCUGUGGAGAUAUCUGUAGUUUACCCAGGUCUUGUGUGGAGUGUUACCUCAAAGCUAAGGACCCGUCGGACGAGUGUGCCGUAAAGUGCAACUCCCUACAUGCCACUGUCAGCAAUUCCACAGAUUUUGAGGAGAGUCGGGCGGCAUUGUGCACCUUACAGAGUGAGGACCACUGUCUACUGUCUUUCAGCUUGGUGGACAGUGAUCAUGGCAGCAUCAUUUACAACCCCAAGCUUUAUGACUGCCCUGAGCCGCCAAAUGCUCCGUUGAUCGCUCUGGGCGUGUGCAUGUCUGUCCUCAUUAUUGGCAUUACUCUCCUUGUGAUCUGGAAGUUUCUUGUUUCUGUCCAUGACCGGAAAGAGGUUGCCAAGUUUGAAGCAGAGAAGGCAAAAGCAAAAUGGCAGUCGGGCACAAAUCCUCUUUUCAGGAGCUCGACAUCAACUUUUAAAAAUGUGACCUACAAAAGCGCAGGGCAGCAAAAGACUUAUAUUUCUUAGGGUUACUGACCAAUUUUGUGUGUUGAAACACAGAAAGUAGGCUUCUAUUUACCAGGAGCGAUUACUGUUUUCUUCUGUAUUAUUUUAUUUUCUUGUACUGUACAAGUGAGACACUGUGUGUGUGCGUGUGUGUGCUUGUGUGAUUGUAAGCUGGGGUAAGGACUGUCAAUUACUCGCAGUGAAUUUAUUUUAAAAACUGUAAAUAAUUUUACUGUGUUGUGCUGCUAAAAGUGCUAAAGGUACUGUUAAAUCUGGGCAACACUGGAUCUUCUUGUUUUACAUGUAGCGUUUCUUGUUGUUAAACAAAAUGUUUUUCUGUAGUUAUUUGUGACAGAUGUUUGUGAUUGGUUAGUUGAGGCUGAGCCUUUUGUAAUUAGAUAUUAUGAUUUUGCUGGAUCAAAUGUAAA